UUGCUGUGUGUGUGUGUAUGUGUGUGUGUAUAUGUGUGUGUGCAUCUAUUCCGAUCUGGCAGAUAUCAAUGUGAGAGCAUGAACGGCGCAUAAGGCUGCAGCUCCGCGAGCGAGGAGAGGAUAACGUUGGAGAAGAGGGAGUGAAAAGUCCACACACUCACCCCCGGUCUCUCCUGCCUCUGCAAAGUGCUGUUUCACCCUUGUUCCGUCGUUUUUGCCGUCUCUGCACCCUAAGGGGAGGUUUUGGAGAGCACCUGCACUGAGGCGCAAGGCUCACAUUCCUGAGGAUUGCACCAUUGAGACGCGUCUCGGUGUUUUUUGCCAGAAAAGGAUCAGGAUGGCGCUCACUAUAUGUGCAGCUGGGCCGCAGAUCCUCUUUGCUCUGACGCUGCUGCUCCAUUUAGGCUCAGGUGCAGCCUCCUCCAUCGUGAACAUGCGUAGGAUCACCCAUCCUACGGUGCAACAAACGCUGGCAGGCAAAGCUGUCCUCCCCUGUGUCUUCACCCUCCAGACCAGCUCUUCCAGCCAGCCUCCCCACCUCCUGUGGACUCGUAUGAGGGUACCGGCAGAAGGAGAAGGAGAGGACGCUUCUGUGGAGCAGAUUGUGCUUUCGGCUAAAGGUGAUGUAAUCAAGGUGAAUAAGGCUUUCAGCGGCCGCAUCGCGCUGCCAGGAUACACUGCCAAUCCUCUGAAUGCUACCAUGGAGAUCUCUAGUCUCCGUACCAACGACUCAGGCACUUACCUCUGUCAGGUUGUCAUGGGUAACGACUAUGAGAGAGACGCUGUGCCCCUGGUGGUCUCUGGUGUGGUGUUUCACUACCAGGCUCCGAGCACCCGGUACGCCCUCUCAUUUGCCGAUGCCCAGCGGGCCUGUCAGGAAAACUCCGCUCAGAUGGCCACACCGGCCCAGCUGUGGGCAGCGUACUAUGACGGCUUUGCCAGCUGUGCAGCCGGCUGGUUGGAUGAUCAGACUGUCCGCUACUCUGUCCAAUCGCCAGAGCUUGGUUGCUAUGGACACAAGGAGUACUCAGCCGGAGUGAGGAAUUAUGGGAAAAGGGACCCGAAAGAGCUUUUUGAUGUGUACUGUUUUGCAAAGGAACUGGAUGGUGAAGUAUUUCACUCCUCAGUCCCAGGCAGACUGUCUCUGUCCUCUGCCUCGGACCGCUGUGUGUCCCUUGGGGGCCAGCUGGCCACAGUGGGGCAGCUUUAUCUGGCCUGGAAGGCCGGCCUGGACAGCUGCGCCCCGGGCUGGUUGUCUGAUGGCAGCGUCCGCUACCCGGUGACCUGGCUUCGCCCCGACUGUGGAGGGAACCACCCGGGAGUCCGCAUCGUCCCACCGAACAGCACCACUGACAACACCACGGCGCUGUAUGAUGCUUACUGCUACAGAGGUAAAGUGAAGAAUUCGGGCUCUAUAUCUCAGAUCUACACCUCCCUGUGGAAGCCCUGGAGCUACCUCGCAGGUUCAAGUGAUUCUGACUCCGCAGGGACAGGAAGUCCCGACGAGACGAUACAGAAAACCUCCACUACCAGAGGAUCCUCAGAUGUUUCACCUUCAAACUGGACAGGAUUGGUUGACCUAGAAGAGGAGGCCUCCCUUCACAGCCCCAAUACUUCCUCCGACCCCUGGUCCUCAGAGUCUUCAGGGUCAUUUGUGACCCUCCAGCUAAUCCCAGGACAGACCCUCGUAGACUGGGGAGAACCACUGGAGCCUGGCCCCGACUCAGAGCAGUUUCUCCGACCGCCGGUCCACCCUACCCCCGCUGAGAAGAAGGUGAUCUCAAAGAUCGUCAAGUCCAUUUGGAAGCCUUGGAAUUACCUGGCGGGGACCGAAGAUGUAGAAGGAACCCAAGCACCAAGUGGACAGACAGUGGAGGAGGAGACAACAGCAAAAAAGACAGAUGAGGGAUCAAAUCCAUCCAGGGCAGCAUCACCAAGUUUGUUUUCAUGGGGAAGUUCAUGGUUCGGCGGUCCCACGAGGGAAAACUCUACGCCAGCCAGUGAAGACUCUCCCACUCGUCUGGCAUCUACUUUGGCCGCCUCCAGUAGCUCUAUGACUACAGAGAGCAUCAAGAGCCGGGAGACUUCAGAGACACACACCUCCACCACCUCCAGUUCUGCACCCGGAAGCGCCUCAUCCAGCGUAGAAACUUGGAUCCGUGUUGAAUCGGAGACCACGACCCAGCCGGGCGACAAGAGGGAGGAGACGGUGACCUCCAGAGGCAGCGGUAGAGGAGGCAGAGGAAGGGGGAAGAAAAACCGAGGAGAGGACAGGAGCAGAGGAGAGGAGAAGGGGAGAGGAGAGGAAAAGGGGAAAGGAGAGGAUGAGGGGAGUGGAGAAAUCACUGGAGCGGAAGCAAAAGGGGAGAUACAAGUUUCACGUCGACCAGUUGGGACAAGCAAACCAAGAGAAAGAUCCAGAGAAAGGUCCAGAGAGAGGGGUCACAGGAGGGGGCAGUCCACCACCACCAUGACCACCACUAUUACUGCUAAUGCUCUGGAGCUCGAUGUGAUGACCACAACUGACUUAUCUACAUCUGAAUCCCCGUCCACCUCACCAGCAGAAACCCUGUCCCCAUCAAGCUCACCAGAUCCCCUCUCCGUAUCUCCACCAUCAACGUCUGUUACUGCAUCCCCAUCCCAAUCUCCAUCCCCAUCUCAGUCCCUGUUUCAACCCAAGUCUCCCUCCCCAUCUCCGUCUCUUCCACCUCCCUCCUCCCCCGCUCCAUCCACUUCCCAAACCCCUUCCCUCUCGACCUCACCAUCCUCACCCCGUUCCCCUUUUCAAACCUCUGGAUCAGGAGACCCGUCUCCGUCUCCUCACUUUGACCAGGACAGCUCCACUAACCACCUGAACUGGGUCCCACUGGAAAAAGCCGUUGUGAACAGCUCUCUGGAUUAUCCUCCUGCAUUACUGCCGGUACCAGCGGACGUGGAGGAGUCUGCUUGGUCUCACGCUGUAGGGUCAGGGGCCCUGUUACCUGGCAAUAUGGAGGAGGAGAGCAACAGAGGGGGAGUCAACAUCAGCACCAUAACUCUCAGCCCGACAGACGAGGUGGAGCCCUGCGUGACAAACCCGUGUCUGCAUGGAGGAAAGUGCCUUCCUCAGGGAACGGGCUACAGCUGCUACUGCCCACAAGGAUACACAGGGGAGAACUGUGAGAUUGAUGUUGAUGACUGCCAGUCGGAGCCAUGUGAAAAUGGAGGCACUUGCAUCGACAAGAUUGAUUCAUUCCUCUGCCUCUGUCUGCCCAGCUAUGGAGGGGACACGUGUGAGAAAGACGUGGAAGGCUGCGAGCACGGUUGGAGGAAGUUCCACGGCCACUGCUACAGGUACUUCACCCACAGACACACCUGGGAGGAUGCAGAGAAGGACUGCAGAGAGCACAGUGCCCACCUCAGCAGCAUCAUCUCAGCCACUGAGCAGGAGUUUAUCAAUGGUUUGGGUCAUGACAAUGCCUGGAUUGGUCUGAAUGAUCGCACGGUGGAGGAAGACUUUCAGUGGACUGACAGCAACGAUCUGGUUUAUGAGAACUGGAGGGAGAGCCAGCCAGAUAACUUCUUUGCGGGUGGGGAGGACUGUGUGGUGACAAUUGCCCAUGAGGACGGCAAGUGGAACGACGUGCCCUGCAACUACAACCUGCCCUACAUCUGCAAGAAAGGCACAGUGUUGUGUGGGACCCCGCCCGCAGUGGAGAACGCCCAUUUGAUAGGUCGGCGGAGGUCACACUAUGACAUCCAUGCAGUGGUUCGCUACCAGUGCUCUGAAGGCUUCUUCCAGCGUCACAUCCCCACUGCUCGUUGCCGGGCCGACGGGAGCUGGGAGAGACCCAGGAUUAUCUGCACAAAGUCCCGGCGGUCACACCGGUACCGACGCCACCACCACAAUCAGCACAACGAACGCCACGGCCACAGGAGACACGGAGGAGAGGGACACAAGGCCAGAGAGGACGCACACAGCUACUACUGAACCAAAUAAUAUAACAUCUGCAACGCCUGGGUGCUAACUAUGGCCCAUAAAGAAAGACAGUAGUUCACAUCACCCCCAUUUCCUUUCCUGCUUCUAACCAUGCUCCGUUUGGCUUUGUUCCUCCUGACGAAUAAGGUUUUCUUACUCUAACAUAACCUCUAUCCAUGAGUUUGGGUGUUUUUUGAUGCUUCUCUUUGUUUUCGCCCUGCUUCCUUUAACCGAGGUCCAUGCGAACACUAACUAUAACACUAACUCUUAUUAACCCCGUCCCUCCCUAACAUCACAGUGCAGUGAAUCCUCCUCCUGUCUAUGAACUCAAACCCUCCCUCCCUCCGUCUGUCUGUCUGUCUGUCGGACUGACAGCAGUGUGUUAGCGCGUGUGAGCGUGUGCAUGUAAGAGAGAAACUUAGAAAAAGUGCAGAGUCACUUUGUUUUGCAGAGGUUUGCUUGUUCUACAUGAAAAAUGACUCAUCCUAGUAUUCUGUUUACAAAGCACAGAUGUAAAUGAUGCAAGAUAGCAUUCAGUCCCCGGUGACCCUGAGCUUUUUGUAUGUGUACCGUAGCUGUUACUUUUUCCAUAGAGCAUUCAAAUAGCUGGUCUGUUUUAUUCUACUGACAUGCUUUUUUCUAAUAUUUGCUAUGUUUUUGCGUUAUGUUACUAUUUAUUAUGAAUCAUUUGCUAGUGAAUAUGCUUUCUUUUUUACUUAUACUUCAGAGAGCCGAUGUAACAUCAUUUUUCUAUACCACUAUAUAAGUCCAACAAUCAACAAUAAACUAAACUAAUCAUUUGAUUGCCUCUAAUCUCUGUACUGUAAAUAUUGUGGUGUUUGUUAUUGGCUGAUCCCUGAUCAAUAGCUGGACCUAGUCUAAUCAAAUAGAUCCCAUCCCCAUAAGCACUCUCAGCUAAUGAUUAUGUCCCAUUGAUACAGACAGCGUGGAUGGGAUAUAUACAAUACUUUCUUGAGAUAACCACUUGAUUGUAUCAGAAUUGCUGAAAUACUUUGAAUCUUUGCACGGCUAUAUUUACAUGAUGGGUAGAAUGUCACAUUUUUUUGUCUUUGGUCCCUUUGAUAUUUGAUCGGUCAUCCACUUUUUUGGUGUUCUUAUGACUUUUUGUCCUGCUGUUGUAUUCCAUUCUUAAUAAAGUGAAAAAAAUGAGCAACAGCA